AGGCCGGCUUAACAGCGUGUUGCGCUCCAUCUAGCUAGUUCUCAAUUGGGCCACUAUCCCCCCUCCCUCUCUCCAAUCCUCCUGCACAUUAUCUCUUCAUCUCAGCGAUGGCACCCAUGAGCCUCCCUCCUGGAUUUAGGUUCCAUCCAACCGAUGAAGAGCUUGUUGCGUACUAUCUUGAUCGGAAAAUCAACGGCCACACAAUUGAGCUUGAAAUUAUCCCAGAGGUUGAUCUCUAUAAAUGCGAGCCGUGGGACUUGCCAGACAAGUCAUUUUUACCAAGCAAAGAUAUGGAGUGGUAUUUUUAUAGCCCCAGGGAUAAGAAGUACCCUAAUGGGUCAAGAACUAACAGGGCGACAAGAGCUGGUUACUGGAAAGCCACAGGGAAAGAUAGAGCAGUGCAGUCUCAGAAGCGGCCAGCUGGCAUGAAGAAGACAUUGGUGUACUAUAGAGGUAGAGCUCCUCAUGGAAUCAGAACCAACUGGGUAAUGCAUGAGUAUCGCAUGAUCGACUCAUUUUGUGGCAAUGCAUCAUCAAUUUUAAAGGAUUCCUAUGCAUUAUGCCGUGUUUUCAGGAAAACAAUACAAACUCCCAAAACAAAAGAAGAGAAGAAUGUUGGUGAUGAAGUGAGGGAUGCAGCGUGGGUCUCAGAAGAACAAUUAUUGGGGGAUAACAAAUGCCGUAUUGAAAUUUCUAAAGGGAGAGAAGCUGAAGGUGAAAAUUUCAACAAUGACUAUUGUAAAUUCCCAUCUGAAACAUCUUCCUCAGAUGUCACCCAAGGGACUCCAAUUGAAACUGCAACAGCCGAUGAUUUGCAAGCUCCAAUUGCCUCGGAUGAAGCCAAUAGCUCAGCUAACAUUUACUCAGUGGGCGUGGAUUUCUCGUCGAAUCUAAUUCAGGAUAUGCAGAUGCCAGUCUACUCAAGCUUGCUCUAUCAAUUUCCGUACCCUUCUUUAGAACUAGAAGACUUCCCCCAGAUGAACAUCGCCGAGUGUGUGAAGACAUCAAAGCCUGAAAUUAGCGACGAAUACAUGAUGUACAAGGAUUGCAUGGACGGAACAUUAGAACAACUAUGUUCCUCUGAAGACAACUCCAAUAUUGUACUCCCCCAUGCAAGACUAAUUUAGGGCCGCUAACUACUGAGUUACCACACGAAGUAACAAUUAUUUGAUAUGUUACUUACAGUUGUUGUAUUUCCACCAAAAUUCAUAUUACAGGCGUAGGAUAUAUUGUGAUGGGCUACAUAACAUGAAAAAAAUAUAUAUGAAAAGAAAAGUGAGGAUUAUUUUGCGUUA